AUGGCAGAAGUUGUUUGCCUUACACUUCGGGCUCCAGUAUCCACAUCACAAGGCCUCAAUACAACUCCCCAGUCUCGUCCAACCGCAGCGACUUCGGCACCUACCGCGAUGAUAUCCAGUAUAACGGCGGGACUUCUAAGAGCUGGUGGGCCAAAGCUCUGCGAAAUACCGUACAACAGCCGCAGCGUCUGGAAUGAAGAUAUUCCUUUUGAUAAACUGCGGUCCAUUGUCCAAAGUUGGAAUAUCCGCGGGUUCACACGGUUUGUGGAGUGCACGCCGUGCUAUGACGAUUCCGCAGAGCCGAUCCCAACAUUACAAGUUUGUGUACAUCCGCAAGAGGAUGAGUCUCGAGAGAACUGGCUCAACGCAGCACAAGAGAUGCACGGUCUUCUUCGCAGCUACGGCUUCGAACAUGUGACAGUUGACAUUAUUGACUGGCGCCUAGAAGAAGGUCCCAGAAUCUUUGUAUGCGAGCCGACCGACACAAUCUUCUCUAAAUGGGAUAAUGUUCGCAAACGGAUCCUAGACUCUGUCGAUGUAUCUGGAUUCCAAUUGCUAGGCUGCUAUCGCAUGGGGUACGAAACUUGCACUGCGGACUGCGAACCGACUAUACUCGUCACUGUCGAUCCAAAUUUUGAACGAGACUGGAAUAUCGCCAGGCAGGAUAUCAGUAACACCUUGAACGAGUUCGAACUUCCUACAGUUGACGUGCAGAUUCAUAAAGAUCGCAACAUCUUUUGUGCCCGUCGGCGGCCGAUACAGAGCGAAAUCAACUCUCGCUAUCCUGUUCACACUGAGAACGGCCCAAGAGUAGCGAGCAUUGGGCAUAGCGUGGGUGCUCAGAAUAGCGACAGCUACGGCACCUUUGGGGGAUGGCUCAAUAUACGGCAAAAGCCUGACUCUGAAUGGGAGCCAUUUGGCCUAACAUGCCGCCAUUGCGUAUUCAAUCACCACCUCAAAGAUCUCCAGGAGGUCGACUGCCCAAGUUAUGGUGAGAUCAAAAGGUAUAUCGGUGGACUUAAGGAGACAGUCUCUGACCUCAAGAGACGAGAACCUUAUCGCACCCUGGAAGAACUUAGAGCAGACGGAGACCUCGCGGACAAUCUGAAAGCAAAGUGGCAAAAGCUCCGAGCUCCUAUCGAUACUUAUGAAGCUUGGAUUGUAGAUCUACAUGCCUAUUGUGAUUCAAAGAUGUAUAGGUUUGGCGAGGUUUGGGCACAUUCUGGCGACGGCACUCGGAUUACGACCACGGUUAUGGACUGGGCCCUUUUGAGACCCCAUCCAACUCGAGCGUAUCCGUCUAAUAAAUUUGGUCAAUUCGCCGAUAAACGUGAUCCAAAAAGCCUGAAACUUGAAAACGGGUUUAUAGUGCAUGAUAUCUCAUUGGAUCAUCACGAGAUCCUUCACAAGUACGGUUGCAAAACGAAUGCGACUAUCAGCAGAUACAAUAUGCUUGCCACUACUAUUUUUACUGUUGCAGCAAAUGGAAAACAACGCGCGACGGAUGAGCAUUCAGUCUUGUGUGAGACAGAGAAGCCUUACUUUGAGCCUGGUGACUCAGGGGCACUUAUCUUCACAGAAUCCGGCGCUAUGGUAGGAAUGGGCUUUGGUGGACAGGUUCAGGGACAAAUAUUUGUUUUCACCCAUGUCAACGACCUUAUCACUGAUAUCAAAGAUCAAACUGGGGUUGACGAAGUCACCUUUUAUGCACAGGAAUGGCCCAGUGAACUAUGUGAGGGAGAUCAGGACUGA